AUGCGCGCCCGUCACCUGCUCCUCCCCCUACUGGCCAUGGGCGUGGCGUGCGGGCGGCGUGAUCUCGUGGGGCAGCAGGUGUGCGGCAACCAGCUGGUGGAGCUCCUCUCCUUCAUCUGCCGCGGCCGAUACUACUCGCCCAGGGACCGUCGCGUCUCGGCCCCCGCCGCCGCCCGCUCGCGAGAGGCUCCCCUUCGGCAGCUGGGCGAGGGCGCCACCUUCAGCCACUCGGCCCCCAGCCUUCGUUCCGACAGCCUCCUGCAACCUCCGUCUUCGGUUCUGUCCGGACUCCCGCUUCGCCAGGACUCAGCGAAGCCAAAGGACGCCUUUGCGGGAUAUUCGGAGGAGGUGGAAGACGCCUUCAGAAAGCGCUCGGGGGCAGGCGUGGCGCCGCUGAAACCAGGCAGUUGGGUUGGAAGGGCGUGGCAGCCUCUCCUGUCUUACUCGCUGGCCAGUGAUUCCUCCAGCAUUAUUCCGCAGGAAAGCUUCUCCUCUAGACUCCUGCUGGAGGACCGAUGGAUUCCGCCGUUCCUUCCGAGGAGAAGCGCCUCCGCCUUUGUCAAGACUCGGGAGAAGAGGGGCUUUACCAUCGUGGACGAGUGCUGCAGGUUGAAGGCUUGUAACCUUGAUGAGCUGUUGGCUUAUUGUGGCUGA